AUGUUCCUGGUUGGACUUUCGGGUGGAAUCGCAUCAGGGAAGAGCACGGUGGUGGCCGUAUUCCGGGAACUGGGCUGUGCCGUGAUUGAUGCUGAUGUUAUUGCCAGAGAGGUGGUGCAGCCCCGCCUCAAGGCCUAUCAGCAGAUCGUGCGGUACUUUGGCACCGGAAUCCUCUUGGAGAACGGAGAGAUAAAUCGCGAGGCUCUAGGAAACAUUAUCUUCUCCCACCCGGAGAAACGGCAGCUGCUGAACUCCAUCACCCACCCAGAGAUCCAGAAGGAGAUGCUGAAGCAGAUCUUCAAGUAUUUUCUGCUCGGCUACCGCUACGUCAUCCUUGACAUCCCUCUGCUCUUCGAGACCAAGAGACUGACCAAGUUGAUGAAACACACAGUCGUGGUUUAUUGGUAAGUGCCACCGCAGCUCUCCCGGCUGAUGAGGAGGAACGGGCUGUCCCAGGCGGAGGCAGAAGCUCGUAUCGCCGCCCAACUGCCCCUGGACGAGAAGCGCAAAUUAGCGACUCACGUCAUCGACAACUCCGGGGACCGCGAGAGCACGCGCCGGCAGGUCCUGCGGCUCCAUGCCCACCUGGAGGAUUCCCUGGAUUUCCUCUGGGCGCGGCUGGCGGUGGGCACUGUUGUUGCCGGGUUUGGAGGGCUGGCGUACCUCCUCCUCCGGCAUUUCAUCUCUUAA